UGCCACCUCGUAUACCGUCAUGUUCUGCUGAUAUAAAAUCGCAAAAUCGACCAAGAAACUUUUGCUCUUAGAUUUUCACGGCGCAGUGUUCUGCUCGUAGAGAUAUAAAGAUAAGUGGAUGCGAUAUUGGAAUAGGAAAAAAAGCUACAUACUGACGUCACUCGUUGAUCGGUGUUAUAUUUACAUAUUUACUAUACGAAUAUGCAUGCGUUAUAAGGCAAGAACACAAAGGGCUUUUUUGCAGCAUUUUCUUUCUAUUCCUAUACAUAUCGUUUUUUGAGCUCGCUCCCGCACUCGUCUAUACAUAUCUCUAUGAUUUUACCGCUCGUUUUCGAAUCGCCAUUAAGUGUUUGCUUUCCGGUCAACUUCGUACGGCUCUUUCGUUGAGCAUACCUAUGUGUAUAUAGUUCGGCCAUUUGCCCGCUAGAGGCGAUAAUUCAUGGAGCAUACUUUUGGCUGAAUUUUUUCUGGAAACAUCGGCGAUCUUCCUACUUAUCUCUGUUUGUGAUAUUUAUAAUAUGCUAAUAUACAAUAAUUUAUUUUUGGAUAUACUGUAAAAGAAAUAAUUCAUAAUGGGGUGUGAUACAAAUUCAGAAUCUAAGAGUAUUUUGUCUGAAUCUAAUGAUUUGGUGAAAGACGUUGAUGUUGCUGUUAAAACCAAAAGAGAUGAAAAGCCUCACAAGUGCACCUUUGAUGGUUGCAAUUUAUCUUUUUAUAGACCAUCUCGAUUAAAAAGACAUAUGAAAUUUCACACAGGAGAGAGGGACUACAAAUGUACCUAUCCAGAAUGUGAUAAAGCUUAUACUAACAAUUGUCAUUUGAAACGACAUAUGGAGAGCCACAAUGCGAUAAAAAAGUUAUAUAAAUGUCCAGAAUGCUCAUUACAUAUUACUAAUCAACAUAACUUAAAACGUCAUUAUAAUACAAUGCAUGUAAACCGUGACAAAUUAACUUGCAAAGAGUGUAAUGAAACUUUUGUAAAAAAAUACCAGUUUAAGAUACACAUGGCAAAACAUAAUUCGGUUUUACAUAAAUGUGAUGAAUGUAAUAAAAGUUUUACAAAUAUUACAAAAUUUAAAGAGCAUAAAACAUAUCACGAAGGAGGAGGUAAACAAUAUCCAUGCAGUAUGCCAGGAUGUAAUGAAGUUUUUAAAAAAUGGCUGCUUCUUUGUGCUCAUAAAAAAACUCAACAUGUAAAUGAUUACAAAUGUAAAAACUGUGAUAAAAUAUUUUUGAGCAAACGACAUUUAAAAAUUCAUUCUCAAGUUCACAUGGAAAAUAGAUCUGUUAUACCUUGUCCUUUUGAAAAAUGCCCUCGUGUUUAUUACUUUAAAAAUAAUUUAACUCAUCAUAUACGGACUUAUCACCUUGGAGAAACAUAUGAAUGUGAUAUAUGUAAAAUAAAGAUUGGCACAAAACAAAGAUUAGCAGUACAUAUUCAGAAACUACACAUGUCAGAAAAAAGGAUAAAAGAGAUCAAAAAAAAGUUACAGCGCAAAAAAAGGAAAGAUGCUGGGGUAGUUAAAAGGAGUGCACUGUCCAAAUUAGUUGGAAUUAAUUUACCAGCAAAAGUAGAAAAAAUGGUAUUAAAAGGAGAAGAAACUAUACCAUACUUAGAACAACUUGAAACAGAAUCAAAUUAUAAUGCAGAUUGUAAUUACCUUAUUUCUAUAACAUAAAAUGUUAUCAUAGAUAUGUAAUCAUAAAUAUAUAUAUAUAAAGUAA